UGCUUUUUUGGGAUUUCUACAAAAAAUAAAGAUACCUACGAAAUAAAUAUUGCAAAUAAACUAAUAAAUAAGGUCUUGUGAAAAUAUGAAUCCAUGCUCUGUUGCUGCCCCACAACCAGAUAUUGAAGGCGAUGGAAGAUGGAAUAGCAUUCACAACAGAUUCCUGUCAGAUGCCAAAGGAAAAGAUGCGGAUGUAAUAUUUAUCGGUGAUUCUGUUCUUCAAGCUUUGGAGCACACUGAAGUUUGGAAUCAAUGGUUUGCGCCGCUCCAUUGCCUUAAUUUUAGUAUUCACAGAGACCAGACUCAAAAUGUGCUUUGGCGUAUAAAAAAUGGAGAGCUUGAUCAUGUCGAUCCCAGAGUAAUUGUCCUACAUAUAGGAACAAACAAUAUUGAACAUACUCCAGAACAAAUUUGUGAAGGUAUCUUAGAAAUAAUUCACACAGUUAGAGAGAAGCACCCAAGUGUCUACAUUGUAUUACCUAGUUUACUACCUAGAGGACAGUAUCCUAAUAAACUAAGGGAAAAGAACAAUAAAAUCAAUGAAUUAUUACGAGAAAAGGUGGCUAGUAUGAAAAAAGUUGAGAUGGUAACAAUUGAUAAAGGUUUUAUUCAAAGUGAUGGGACAAUUAGCCAUCACGACAUGCAUGACUAUCUUGUCCCGACGAAUGCAGCUUGUCGAAAAGCUUUCGAGCCAGUUUAUGAUCUCUUACAACAGAUACUCACAGAAGGUGAACCAGAAAAGGACUUGACACCCUCUGAAUGAGAAGUAUGUGCUGUAUUUAAAAAAAGCUUUUACUGCGCAGCUAGAAUUGUGAUGAAGUACUUAAAUUUAAGCUUCUUAUUAUAUUAUAGUAUUAAGAGUCAUAUUUAAUUACAGUGUAGACUAUUUAAUAUUUAUUCAUACAUUCCAAAUUUAGUAACUCACUUGGCUGUGGUAAGGUUAGAAUAAUUCUCAACAACUUGUGCAACAUCUUAUUGUGCCCCGAGUGUCACAGAAUUUUUAUACUUUUACACAUGCAUGAAUCAUGAUAAUUAUAUUAAGAAACCUCACCAUAGUGUGUCCACGUGUUAAGGCAGAGUAUAUUUUUAUUCAUAAAAAGUUUUUAUAAUCUUAAGAAUAACAACUGCCAUGUGUAUGUAAAAUUUAAUGGGAACCUAAUAAUAAUUAUAACACUCUGUUUUUUAUUAACUGCUCAUGCCUCUAUUUAUUUUUUAUAAAAUAAACUUUA